AUGGCCCCAAAGAACCGUUCCCAAACACCUCGACUUUCUGGUCCAGCUGAACCAACUUUGCCGGUCCUUUCUCAGCACACCACCACUACAUUCCUUUCGGAUCCUUCCAACCAUCACAGUCGUCGCGGCUCCCGGGACAGCCUUCGUAACAUAUCUUCAGCUCAGUUGCCUACCCCCGACACGGUUGUCUCGACUCGGUCGCCUAUAGUUCCCGACUCCCCUCAUUCUACUCUCGAAAGUUCCAACUCUCGUCGUGAAAGCGUUUCAACCAUGAGGACGUCGUCCAUUUCCCUUGACGGGCCUCCCACUUGCACGCCCACAGGUCGUGUUAGCAAGGCGAAAAAGGGCAAGAGAGUCCACGCAUGUGAAUUCCCUGGUUGUGGAAAGGUCUUCACCAGAGCAGAGCACAGAAGACGGCAUGAACUCAACCAUAACCCGGAGGCGUUGUUUCCCUGCACGCGUCCUGGAUGCAGGAAAGCAUUUCAUCGUCUUGAUCUUCUACAGCGGCAUCAAGAGAGACACGAUCUUGAAAACUCGGCUGCCUCUCCAGGGCAAAUGAGCCAGACGCCGCAGAUGUCAGUUUCCUCAGAACCGCCUUCUUCAGUCAUGCCUGCCGCAGUUAUAAGCAGUCCUCAAGCUGAUAGAAGUGCUCCAAGAUCCUCUGCCGGUGCUUUAUCGAUCGGAUCCCUUGUCCAUCCACAAACCGACUAUGGCUACAGCAUGGGGACGCCAGCAUUCAAUGGAUUUGGCCGGCAAACCAUACCAUUCAUUCCUGGGUUCAAUUCUUCCGAUGAUUCUUUGUUCUAUACACCCGAAAGCAGCCAGUCUCCUGUUUCUGAUUAUUACGGGCGAUACCCUCACCGCCAAAGCAUUUCCUCUUCUUCUUCAGUCGCUGCUUUUGAGCCCAACGGGGCCUCUCCUUUGAUCAGUGGAACUAUUCCAGGCCCAUGGGCUCCUUCUUCUGCUCCUCCCAGUAUUUUGCCAUCAAACAUGCUCGAUGAUGGCGCAUAUCUUCCCGUUAGUUCCCCUUUUCUUUGGACUGGUGCGUAUACUGAAGCUGAUCAGUCUCCUGCAGACUCUUCCAUACCGAUACCCCUCUCCGACCUGGAUGGCUACGAAUGGUCUGUCAUUCGAGGAGAACUAUCAAAUUCCUCUGGACUUUUAUCAGGAGAUUCCCCAACCGGUGUAUCCGACACUAUAAGGUGGCAUUGUCUUGACCUCUACUGGCAGUACUUCCAUCCCCAUUUCCCCGUUGUGCACCGGCCCACGUUCCUACCUACGAAGCCAAGCCCACUUUUGGCGAGUGCCAUGUCGGCAAUUGGAUCACAAUAUGAUGAUCGACCAGAUGCGAAGCAAUAUUCUUUGACACUUUUAGAGAUUGCGACAAAGCUGCUGAGAAGGAGAGACAGCAUUACAAGUCGAUCCAGAUUGGCGGACCUACAGACAGUCUUCUUGCUGGAAGUCUUGAGCAAGUAUUGCUCCAGGAGAGUAGAAGUCGAAAUGUCUGCAAGGUUUCGGUCUCUGUUUGCCAGUCUCGAUCAAGCACGUCGAACACUGGCCACAGAUCCUCUAGCAGUCUUCAGAACACUCCGGAAAGACAAGACCUCGGAAGAUAUUGCGCGAGCCCACAAGUUCUGGCUCGAUCAUGAGACUCGGAGACGAAUUCUUCAAGCCUCAACCGUGCUGGACCAUCAACAGGCCACCUUGUUCGAACAGCAACCGACAAUAGUUCAACACGGGCGGCCACGGAGAACUACCAGCCCGAGUCUACGAUGCAAUAUUCCUCUGCCUUGCUCUGAAGAGCUUUGGGAAACGAGCCCCAUCGAAAGUUGGGUUCAGCUGGCGGCGAACAACGACACAUCCAAGCCACGAUCUCACCGACAAGAUUCAAGCAUGGGACCACCCCAAGACUACUUCCAGAAUCUUGUGGGUAUGGUAGCCUGUCAAGGGUUGCCCGACCAAGCGCCACUUCGGCAAGAGCGACUAGCAGACGCCGCGGCCUAUAUGGCGUUCAAUCAACACGCGUCGGAAAUGGCUAGGAAUACACCCAUCAGACAAUUGCUCAUGACCAGCGGCGAGUCCUGGAUCCUCGGGAAGAAGUUGGAAAACGAAGCAGAGUUCCAGGACGCCAAACGCACGCUGAGAGCUUGGGCCGAUUCAAAUUUCCAAAGUCGAAUUGCGCUGUGGCACGCCACCCAGCUGAUCCGCAGCCGCGUCAAGUUUUCGUAUUCCGAACCUACAAGGACUGAACUGGGCGUUAUGUUUCAAGACACCCAUAUGCUUCAUGAGCCUUGGGUGUUAUACCUUGCCGCCCUUGUAUGCUGGGCUUAUGGGUUCUCAGCAUCGACAGCCCUCGACGUCAAUGUGCAGGGUUCGGGCGCCGGCUCAACGACCAGUAACCCACAGUCCAACGCGUCUCGGACGCCGAGUUCAUCUGCUUCAGCACAUCCGGCACUGCUCGACUCUCACGAAGCUGCGUAUUCCAUGAGAGAGUACCUCCAAACCACAGACGUCGACAAGGUGGACGGUAUUCUCAGCAUCGAUCCGCAAAUAUUCGGCCGCACGCAUGGUCUCCUUGAAGCCAUCCGACUGAACAAGAUUGGGUCGCUUCUGGGAGGACUUAUGAAUGAAGCGGAGAGAGUUCUUUAUCGACUUGUAGAGGGAAGAAGUCGUUUGUCACAUUUUUAG